CCCUUUCCUAUCACACCCAACAUGGCGGCAGCCCGCCGGUCACAGAUGCUGCCGUCUGCCCGGGCUUCCGGGACAACCAGCAUGGCGGACCGUCGCCGCCCCGCUUCCGCAGCGACGGCGGCCGCCAGACCGGGGUCUCGCAAGGCGACCGUGCCCGCUCGCAGGACGCUGAAGCCGAUCUGGCGGCGAGGCGCGAAGGGUGCUGAGGAAUGGAGAGAUGCUACGGCCGCCCGCCCCUCCUGGGAGGGGGGGCAGCCCACGGCGGCGGCCGCCCUGCUGGCGCGGUGCCUGGCGGCGGGAGUCGUGAGCCAGGAGACAUUGGAUUUAACCCGUAGAAAAGACCCGUGCUUUGUGAAAUUCUCAGAGAUGGAAAAAAUGGCAAACAUUCAAGCUGAAAUCAAUGAGAAGAAACUGAAAAUUGAAAUUCUACAGUUGGAGAAGGAGACAGCAGACAUUGCUCACCCUUUUUACUUAGGCAAAAAAUGCGAGAUUUUGCAAGAUAUGAACAGACACUUGGAAGCCGUACUGAAAGAGAAGAGGGCUCUUAGGAAGAGGUUGCUAACGCCCAGAUGUCAAGAGAGCCUGCCUAUUGAGGCUACUUUCCACAAGUAUGUAGUAGAGUUGUUGUCUGAGGCUGUGACUUUCAUUGAGAAGCUUGAAAGCCAUUUGCAGACUGUAAGAAGCAUCCCUCAGAUACCGACCACCAUGAAGAAUAUGGACAUUGCUUUGUCAAAAACAGAGGUGCUCGUGAUGGAGUUGGAGGCGCUGACAGAUGAAAUAUUGGACUGGAGAGAACUGCAAAAAGAAGUGUAUUCUGACAGCAUAUGCAAUACUGCUGAAUUGGACUUUGGCUUAUCUUUAGCCUAGCCAAUACUUUUCUUCAAAUAGGAUGGCUAUUCAAAGAACUACCUUUUUACUGUCUCGGAUGAAAACUACAACAUAGCUGUGCUUUAAUCCAGCAGGGACUUUGUAGGUAGUUACAUUUCUGUUCUUAAUGUAACAGUUCUCCAACUACUAAAAAAAAAAAAAAAAAAAAAAAAAACCAAAACAAACCCCACAGCAAAAAAACCAAAACAACAAGGACAAUGAGCAGUAGAUCAUAGGAAAACAGACUACUGAGAAGACUUCUAAGGAGUUCCUUUUUGAAAUAGUUGGACAGGAUUCCCUUGGAACUGUAUUGUCAAUACAAAUUUGUUUUGAUAUUUCUUAUACAUUUGCUAUAGCAUCUGUAUUAAUUUUUAUAAGCAUCUUGAUAAUACACUGUAUUUUGUAUGUCACUAUAAAACUUAAAUAAAAGCACUAGAUUUCAAGAGCUCAGUUUCCUUGUUUUUAUUUUGUUAUAAAAUCCUGUAAUUAAAGGAACAGUGUAAAGUCUUAGGUCCCAGCUUAUGCUUCCGUAGAAGCUCCAACCAAGAAAUUAAACUAGUUUUAAAUUAUAGUUUAUUAUGGUUAUGAUGUGUUGUGUGGGAAAGCAGGGAAUGAACUUGGUGAUACAUGGCAGGCCUACUGAUUUGCAAACCAUGUUUCUAUGAUAGUGAUAAAUAUAGUCUUCAGACUCUCCUUUUCUGUUGCUUUCCCUAUCUUCAGUGCCCCUUUGGAAUAAAACUCUUGUUCCAUGAGUAUGACUGACAAUUUAGCAAAGGCAUUGAUUGUUCCAGUUUGCAACCAUAGAGACUUUUAUGUCAUGAAAGACUUGUUGGUAAAAUAUUACUGGCAGGACAUCUAUAAACCAGGACAGUUGGUUGUCUUUGGAGGAUGUCUACUUUUGUAUUCAGGAUACAGAGUAAACUGGAAGUGGUGCAGAUGUAUUCCUGUCUACUGUUGUAUCGUUUGUCAUCUGAAUUCUUCAUACAUCCAACCUGUUGAUUUCUAUUUCUGAAAAUGAACCCUUUAUUUUUUGAAAGCAACCACUAGGUGGCUCAGUAACACACAAAUUUCACUGCAGUCUCUCUGACUAUUGCAUAAAAAAGUAGAAUUAAGGAAGAAAUCUUUGGUUCUUUGUUGAGCAUGCUUAUUUGUAUUUGGUCUACUCCAUAUUUGAAAUUUUCUAGGAACCCUAUUUUAAUCUUUGUAGGCUACAUCAUUCUGCUGUGUGUGAUGUCAAGGAGCAUAGCUUAACAGUUCUCCAGUAUACUGUGUAAGCAUAGCUGAUGUUCCUCUCUGCUGCUGUUGAGAAAAGUUAAGAAGAUAGAAACAAUUUGGAUUAAGUCAAGCAGAAUCUCAAUAGGAGCUGAGAAUAUAAACUGGCAUUUGAGUCCCAUAAGCUUGAAUGGGAUCUUUGUAUGAACACUUGCUGUGUGUCAUGGUGGGAUUUGAGUCCAAAGUCCCACAUCACUGUCAUUACAGCUGUGGAAACGAGGUCUUCCACACAAUUGCAGAGGAGGAGCUGACAUUUUUACUGAAAAUGCUUUGCACAGUCUGUGAAAUGGGAAGAAACAGAAUCCGGACUUCUGGGAUCAUCAUCCUGUGCAUCUAUCACAGGCUUAACCUCUCUCUCGUUGUCUUACAGUGAUGGUUUAGGUCAGGCAAAUUAAAGCUGUUGUAAUGUA